AUGCCCUUCCUUUCUUCCCCUCCAGAGGUGCUCAGCGAUGAGGACAAGCUGAAAAUGAGUAAAAUCAAGAAGAAAAUGAGACGGAAGGCCAAGAACAAGCAGAAGCAGGAGGCCAAAGCCCCCAGGGCCAAGGAGACCAAGAAGAAGCCUAAGGCCAAGGAGAAGAAGGGGAAGCCAGAGAAGGGCAAGGACAAGGCUCGGCCCAAGGAGAAGAAGGGCAAGGGGACUCGGAAGGCGGACAAGGGGCUGGUGGCCCAGCGGCGCCUGGAGGAGCGGCAGCGGCAGCAGCUCAUUCUGGAGGAGAUGAAGAAGCCCACGGAGGACAUGUGCCUGGGGGACCACCAGCCCCUUCCAGCCUUCUCCCGCAUCCCGGGGCUCGUCCUGCCCAGCCGCGCCUUCUCCGACUGCCUGACAGUCGUGGAGUUCCUGCAGAGCUAUGGCAAAGUGCUGGGCCUGGACCCCACGCGGGACGUGCCCACGCUGGGCGCGCUGCAGGAGGGGCUGCUGGGGGUGGGCGCCGGGGCCGGGCAGCUGCAGGACCUGCUGGUGAGGCUGCUGCAGGCAGCCAUCUACGACCCCGGGCUGCCCCCCUACUGCCAGUCCCUGAAGAUCCUGGGGGAGAAGGUGUCGGAGAUCAGCCUGAACCGGGACACCGUGUCCGAGGUCCUGCGCUGCUUCCUGAUGGCGCGCGGGGCGGGCGCGGAGCUGUGCGAGGGGCUGCGCACCAAACCCUUCCAGGCGCUGCCCCCGGAGUGGAAAGCUGCCAUCCUGGUCUUCCUGGUGAACGAGCUCAACAGCAGUGCCCUCAUCAUCAGUGAGAUCGACAAGACCCUGGAGAACAUGUCCAACUACAGGAAGAACAAGUGGAUCAUCGAGGGCCGCCUGCGCAGGCUGAAGGUCGCCCUGGCCAAGAAGACGGGCCGACCCGAGUCGGAGAUCACGGGCCUGGAGGACGGACGGCGCCGGCGCAGCUCCCGCCUGACCGAGGACACGGGCCUGGAGAUGGAGGAGGAGGAGGAGAGCCGGGGACGGAGAUCCCGCCGGGAGGAGGAGGUGGGGUGGUUCGGGGUUGGGGGACAGAGGUAG